AUGGUGAGACUUGACCGUCUUAUUUUCAAAAUCCACGUUCUCACUGACUCUUUUUCGCUGGCAGGCACUCCUCAAGAUAAUGAAGCAUAUGAAGGCGCUCUCGGCUUGUGUGCUAUCUUAAAGAAGGAAGAGGAGGAGGAUUCACAUUCCCAUUCGCCAUCGGAUUCAAGUGACGUGCCAACGCCUCCACAGCAGCAAAGCUCUGGGACCUCUCAAGAUCCGAGACUCCCUGCAUCAGAUGAUCAACCAGCCGUUAAUAGUUCUGAGGAGAAAGACGAGCACUUAUCUCCCACUGAGCUGCCGUGGACCCCUAGGAAGAGCAGGUCGGCUUUCAAACGCGAUUCUUCAGCAGCUAGAUCCAAGGACGUUCUUCAAGAGUGCCAUUCACAAGCCUUUGCUCGAAGAGAAAAAGUGACGGAUGUGCAUGCUGUGCCACAUCAAGUUGAGGAGAACUUGGAACUUCCAUCAAGGCACAAGCUGCCCAGAUACUCCGUUGAUGAGGAGCAGCAACCAACGUUCCUGCAUGACAGCCAUUUGCCAUUUCCUGGGAUUCGUGGAUCCAGGAGCUUUACAUACCAGAUGCAGGAUAGCACUCUCGGUUGCCGUUCAAACGUCGGACAUAAGGAUGGGCUACCCAAGCCGGGACUGAGGCUUUCCGGGUCUGCAGACGCAUUUCAAUAUGCCAUGGGGGAAGGUGUGAGCAAUUCACCUGCCAAUGAGCGCUUAUUUUCUGUUGGAAGACUGCAAGAUUCUAUUUCCCCUCGCUCGGCGUCUGUUCCGCACACUCCAGUUCGACGAAAGCUUUCUCGCAAAGGCAUUCCAUCAAGGGGUGAUUCGGGCAUUGAUUUCAGCCCGCUAAUUGAGCCAUCUUCCCCAUGCAAGGCGGUCAGCCCAUGUGUUCUUCCGCGAACAGCAGCUGAGCUUCCUGUGAUUAAUCAACAUAGAAUGAGUGUAUCAGCUGCUGGUUUGGAAUCUGACGAGCAUUGUGCAAGCGAAGUCUCCAUUGAGAAGCUGGAGACACUUCGACCUGGUAGCAGCAAGGAGGAUGACGCGACUUCGUCCUUCUCAAAAGAUGUACAGUUGCGUCUUUUUGAAGACAGGAAGGCAUCAACUAGUCCUGGGACACCCCGCAUGUUGAAAGCAGAGCCGUACAGUGUAUGUGCUGGUCCUUCAACCAGCAGACUCGCUGCUCUGGGUACUCAUGACAAGAUGCGUUCAGACAAGAAAGUUGCAGCUGCUGUUGCGGCAGCAUUGAGACUGUGCGUACCUGAGAUUGCUGGGUCGGGGUCCUCUUUCAAGACAUCUAGUUCGUCUAGUGACUGUUCUGAAGGGCGCUGCCAUGCAAGUCCUGGCACUGAGGAGUCUCCACCUAAAGCAGGGAAGGAGGAGAAUAACACAACCUCUGACCUUGCACUUCGUUGUCACAUGAAGCUUCCAUGUGGAAUGAUUAGGAAUCAGGAGAUUCUCAGCGCUUCUCCUUACAACCUUAUCCAGGAGGGGCUCACUAAUGAUCCCUGGAGGGUCUUGGUCGCAUCGAUGCUUCUGGAAGGUCAUCCUUCUAAUAUGGUGCGGCUUGGAGUAAGGAGGUUGUUUCAGAAUCUUCCUUCAGCAGAUGACGUCUUAUCUUCUGACAUUCAGACACUGCAACAAAUCGUAUGCAGUGCAGGAUUUCAUGAGAGAUGGGCUAAGAACUUGCUUAUAUUCACCCGAGAAUUCUCAUCAGGAAACUGGGCUCAGAUAACUGACCUUCCAGGAGUUGGCAGAUAUGUUGCAGAUGCAUAUGCUAUCUUCGUUGAGGAGGGCGGAGUGCACAAGGCGCGGAUCCAGGUGUGGAAGCGGAAGCUUGUGCAGUUAGGGGGGGAAGUCGCAACAGGCCCCACGGAGGCAUGUGUCACGCACGUGCUGGCCGCUGAUUGGCGGAAGGUGCAGCAAGCCACCUCGUGGCAAGUCCCUCCACCAGGAGUGGCAGUGGUGGAGUUCGCAUGGAUAGAGAGCAGUCUCAAGCACGGGUCUCGCCUUUCCGAAGCUAAGUUCUUGCUCCGCUCCUCACACAGUGCCUCACACAACGCCUCACAGGGCCCGCAGUCACACCAAGGCGGAGCUGCAUGCGUUGCGGGUGUUAGCCCCUUUGAUGCUGAUUUUCCUGCUGGCAGGGAGGUCAAGGGGGUUUCUGAGCGAAUCAGGAAUGGACACGUGGACGCUGCAGGUGACAGCGCGGGGAGAGAUGAGGGGGGUGCGAGGAGUGGUGGGGGGGAGUGGAAGGAUGAGGAAGGAAAUGGGGGAGCUUCGGGUUUGACCUUGGCUCGACAGUUGCCGGAGGGGAGGAUAGGAGGGAAGGAGGAGGAGGGGAGUGAUGAGGAGGAAGAAAAUGGGGCGGCGCUGGGUCGUGCUUUCGCCCAAGGUGGGCGGCAGGAUUCGGAGCUUUCUGAGGAGGAGAAGGCGUUUUGGAUGGAGGUGAUAUUUGAGAGUGCAGCUUGGGCGGCAGUUGCGGGGGAGGAGGAAGGGGGCGGGCGCGAGGGGGGGAGUGGGGGAGGGUAUGGGGGGAAGAGGGGAUGGGGGGGAGGAGGCAGAGGGGGUGGGAAAUGGGGAGGGGGAGGGGGGAAGCGGAGGUACGUGAGUGGUACAGACAGGUUUGGGGCGGAAUGGAAGCGGUGGAAGGCAGGGGGGAAGGGGGAGAAAAGGGGAAAGGGGGGCAAUGGGGAGAAAAGUGGGACAGGUGGCAAAGGGGGAAGGGGGGAUGAGGAGAUUGAUGGGGUGGGGGGCAUGGGUCUGUCUGGGCGGGUGAUUCAGCUGGUGAGGGAGGGGGAGGAGGUUCUGGGUCACACCCAGGGGCUGUGCGUGGCUGGGGGGGAGAGAGAGGAUGAGAAAGAGGGCAGGAGAGAGAAUGAGGCGGAGAGGGGGCGUGGGGAAGUGGCGCAGAGGGGGAGGGAGGGCGGGACGGAAGGGGGGUCAGAUGAAAACGCAGAGGAUAACAGGAUAGGCAGGGGGGAACGAGAGGAGGGGAAAAGAAGGGAGGAAGGGGAGAGGGAAAGCAGGGAGGGGAACGAGAGGGGAAGCAAGGAGGGGGACACACAGCAUUAUGACAGCUGUGAGCGCGCGUGUGGGGACUUGCAGGGAUUCCCGUGCAGCUAUGACAGUGCAAGCUCGCAGGGGCAACGAGAUGGGUCGCAGUCUGCGUUGAUUGAGCCGUGCCUGGGCGACGAGUGGCGGUGGUUCAGCUAUUACAAGGCCCGCAGCGUGCUCGAGAAGCUGCCAAGCAAUCCACAUCCUCUCCAUUCCCUCUUCUUUUUCCCCAUCACCUCCCAUUCAGGCCUGGGCGACGAGUGGCGGUGGUUCAGCUACUACAAGGCCCUCAGUGUGCUUGAGAAGCUGCCCUCCCGUUCCCACUUCCUACCUUUUUUUUCCUUCCCCCCCUCUCCUCUAUUCCCUCUCUGCCUGUCACGGUGUCACCUCCCAGGCCUGGGCGACGAGUGGCGGUGGUUCAGCUACUACAAGGCACUCAGCGUGCUUGAGAAGCUGCCCUUCCGCAUCCGGUCUGCUCAGCAGGUGCAGGGGCUGCCCAGCAUAGGCUCAUCCCUGCAGGGCAAGAUUCAGGAGAUACUGUCCUACGGCAUGAUCAAGAAGCUGCGGGCGUAUCAAGCAGACGACAUGGUUCGCACCCUCUCUCUCUUUGGCACGGUCUGGGGCGUGGGCCCCCGCACUGCCCGCCGAUUCUACUCCGCAGGCCACCGCUCGCUUCGCCAGCUGGCGGCUGAUCCCGGCCUCACGCCAACUCAGCGAAUUGCGCUGUGGUUCCACGAGGAUAUGAACAAGCGCAUCCCGAGGGAUGAGGUGGCCGGGAUGGCAGCUCUGGUGGUGAAGGAAGGAGAGGCACUUCAGCCAGGCAUCUCCAUUGUGUGUGGCGGGUCGUAUCGCCGUGGCAAGGCGACGUCAGGCGACAUGGAUUUCAUUAUCACACACCCCGAUGGCACAAGCCACCGCGGCUUCUUGGACAGGCUGGUGGGUCGACUGAAGCUCGUGGGCUUCCUGACAGAGGACCUGAUGGUGGGCACGCACCACUCACAGCAGCCCCACGGGGAGGGCAAGGGCGUGGACACUUACUUUGGGCUGUGCAGGCAAGCAGGCAGGGAGCAACGGCACCGGAUAGACUUCAAGGUGUAUCCAUGGGAGCAGUACCCGUUUGGGCUCAUACAGUGGACGGGCAACGAUGUUCUCAAUCGACGCAUGCGGCUGUUUGCAGAGGCCAAGGGGUACCGACUGGACGACCAUGGGCUUGUGCUGCGCGAUGCUGUACCAGGCACAGCAGCAGGCAAGUCAGUUUCAUGCGGGAGUGAUUCAGGCAGCUCAGGCAGAUCAGGCACUUCAAUUCAAACCCUCUCAGGCAGAUCAGACAGCAGGCAGUUCAGGUGGUAUCGGCGGUGUGAGCGGUUUCAUUCAUCUCAGCUUGCAGCUGGGGGGUUUAAGCACCUUGGAGGCGAUCUUCUCCUUGGACUUGUGCAGCUUGAGCACCUUAUUCACGAUCUUCUGCUCCUCCACCAGGAAUGCGCGGAUGAUUCUGUGGAAGGGCAUGCAGCGAGGGAGACGGAGAGAAACGGUGAAGAGAGUCGCAGGGGCGGUGAUGGGCAGACGAGAAUGAAUGGAGAAGGAAAGAGUGGGAAACGGCGGAUUAUGGCGUUGGAAGGAGGGCAGAAUGACGAUGGCAGGGAAAGGGUGAUGAGACAGUGGGGCAAACGAGUGCUAUCAGUGAGCUUCCUCACCCUUCCUCCCCCUUCCCUCCACCUUCCUUCCGCCAUCCUUCCACUUCCCCUGUCUGAUUUUUUCCCCUUCGCCGCCUUACCGCUCCCCCUCCCCUUCUGCAUCCUUAUGCAUUCCGCCUUUCGCUCGCUGGCGCCUCUUUCACCCGCAUCAUUUCUCGCACCCCGCGCCUAUCCUCUUCUGUCUUACCCCGUGCGACCCUUCCCCUCCUUCCCCUCCCCUUCCCUCCCCUUCCCCCCUUCCCCUCCCCUUCCCUCCCCUUCCCCCCCCUUCCUUCCCCUCCUUCCCUCCUUCCCUCCCCUUUCAUUUCCCUCCUUCCCCUCCCCUUCCCUCCCCUUCCCCCCUUCUCUCCCUUCCCCACCAUUUCCCUCCUUCCUCUGCCCUUCCCUCCCCUUCCCCCCUUUCCCUCCCCUUCCCUCCCCUUCCCCCCCGUUCCUUCCCCUCCAUCCCUCCUUCCCUGCUUCCCUCCCCUUUCAUUUCCCUCCUUCCCCUCCCCUUCCCUCCCCUUCCCCCCUUCGCUCCCUCUUCCCCACCUUGCUCCCCGCGCCUCACCUCUCGCGCACGCAUUUCCCGCGGAUGGCGCCGCCGUAG